ACUCCGCGACCGCUGGCAGCCUAUGACAUCAGCCAGGAACGCCUAGGAUGCCGCUGCUCCUGGUCACCCUCGGAGGAGGAGGGUCCGGCCUGCUGGGAGUUAAUUAGCCCUGCUCUGUGAGGGGGGAGGCUUCAGUUUUCUGGGAACACUGGCGGCCACUGUCCGUCCUCCUGCCCGGGGGAGCUCCCAGAGAGUUGGAUGAAUUUUGGGUUGUUAAGCUGCUGUCCGCUGGGCUCCAGGGAGCCGGUUCCUGGUGGAAAGCAGGGGGCAUCUGGCCAACGACCAGCGGCUGAGACUCACCAUGACACUCCUGGGGUCUGAGCACUCUUUGCUGAUCAGAAGCAAGUUCCGAUCAGUUUUACAGUUACGACUUCAACAGAGAAGGACCCAGGAGCAGCUGGCUAACCAAGGCAUAAUACCAUCACUGAAAAGCCCAACUGAAUUCCAUGAACAAAGAAAAAAUUUGGAUAGUGACAAGACUGAAGAUUCCCUGAAGCACAAGGGCAGAAACAGGUUCGACCGUGCCAGCUUGGCUAAUAUGCACAUACUCCAAGCCUCCACUGCAGAGAGAUCCAUCCCAACUGCUCAGAUGAAGCUGAAAAGAGCCCGCCUCGCAGAUGACCUCAAUGAGAAGAUUGCUCUUCGACCAGGGCCUUUGGAGCUGGUGGAGAAGAACAUUCUCCCUGUGGAUUCUGCAGUGAAAGAAGCCAUAAAAGGUACCCAGGUGAGUUUCUCCAAAGCAACAGAUGCAUUCGCCUUUGAAGAGGACAGCAGCAGUGAUGGGCUUUCCCCAGAUCAGACUCGAAAUGAAGACCCCCAGGGCUCUGCAGGAUCCCCAUCAGAUGCUAAAACCACUGAGGUUCCUUUGGCUGGCCCUCUGGGGACAAUCCAGGAUCUUGCUCCUGGCUCAGAAAAUGACAAGAAUGACACUGCUUCCCAGCCAAGCAACCAGCCAGACUCCAGGAAGCAGGGGCUCAGCGCCCUCAGCACCCCCAUCCCUGUGCACACUGCUGUAAAGUCCAAGUCUUUGGGUGACAGUAAGAACCGUCACAAAAAGCCCAAGGACCCCAAGCCAAAGGUGAAGAAGCUCAAGUAUCACCAGUAUAUCCCCCCAGACCAGAAGGCAGAGAAGUCUCCUCCACCCAUGGACUCAGCCUACGCCCGGCUGCUCCAGCAGCAGCAACUGUUCCUGCAGCUGCAGAUCCUUAGCCAGCAGCAGCAGCAGCAACAGCAGCAGCAGCAGCAGCAACAGCAGCAGCAGCAGCAGCAGCAACAACAACAGCAACACAGGUUCAGCUAUCCUGGGAUGCACCAAGCACAGCUCAAAGAACCAAAUGAACAGAUGGUGAGAAAUCCGAACUCCUCUUCAGCAGCACUGAGCAAUACCCCUCUGUCCCCUGUCAAAAAUAGCUUUUCUGGACAAACUGGUGUUUCUUCACUCAAGCCAGGCCCACUUCCAUCUAACCUGGAUGAUCUCAAGGUGUCUGAGUUAAGACAACAGCUUCGAAUAAGAGGCUUGCCAGUGUCGGGCACCAAGACGGCUCUGGUGGACCGGCUUAGACCCUUCCAGGAUUGUGCUGGCAACCCGGUGCCCAACUUUGGGGACAUCACGACAGUCACUUUUCCUGUCACACCCAACACGCUGCCCAGUUACCAGUCCUCCCCGUCGGGCUUCUACCACUUCGGCAGCACGAGCUCCAGCCCUCCGAUCUCCCCCGCCUCGUCUGACCUCUCGGCCGCGGGGUCCCUGCCGGACGCCUUCACCGAUGCAUCGCCCAGCUUUGGCCUGCACACAUCCCCUGUGCCCGCCUGCACCGACGAGAGCCUCCUGAGCAGCCUGAACGGGGGUUCGGGACCCUCGGAGCCUGACGGGCUGGACUCGGAGAAGGACAAGAUGCUCGUGGAGAAGCAGAAGGUCAUCAACGAGCUCACUUGGAAGCUGAGGCAGGAGCAGCGGCAGGUGGAGGAGCUGAGGAUGCAGCUGCAGAAGCAGAAGAGCGGCUGCGCAGACCAGAAGCCGCUGCCCUUCUUGACCGCCCCCAUCAAGCAGGAAGAUGCCUGCUCCAGCUGUCCCUUCGCAGCGCAGCAGGCAUCUGGAAAAGCACAGGGCCACUGCCCCGACAGUCCCCCACCAACAGCCUGUGAGGCCGCUCAGCUGCUGCCCCUGGGAAACGCUCACUGUGCGGAGUCCUCAGGUCAACCCCAUGUACUCUCGUCCACGUUUCUCAGCCCCCAGUGUUCCCCUCAGCAUUCGCCCCUCGGGGCCCUGAAGAGCCCGCAGCACAUCAGCCUGCCUCCAUCACCCAACAACCAUUAUUUCCUGCCCUCCUCUGGGGCACAGGGAGAGGGACAUGGGGUCACCUCACCCAGCAGUAGCCAAGGAUGUGCACAGAACUCAGGAGCACAUGAAGGCUGUCCUCCCACCUUCUCUCCCCCAUCUUCCAGUCUCCACCAGCCUUUCUCCGGAGCCCAAGCAGACAGCAGUCGUGGUGCUGGGGGCAACCCUUGUCCCAAAAGCCCAGGUAUUCAUUCAAAAAUAACUGGUUUACAAUCUUCUGAUAAGGUGGGGCCAAAGUUUUCGAUUCCAUCUCCAACUUUUUCUAAGUCAAAUUCAACAGCUCCAGAGAUAACCCAGCCCCCAUCCUAUGAAGAUGCAGUGAAACAGCAAAUGACUCGUAGUCAGCAGAUGGAUGAACUCCUGGAUGUCCUCAUCGAAAGUGGAGAAAUGCCGGCUGAUGCCAGAGAGGAUCAUUCAUGUCUUCAAAAAGUGCCAAAGAUACCGGGGUCUUCCCGCAGUCCUACCACCGUCCUCCCCAAGCCCUCAGCUUCCUUUGAACAGGCGUCUUCAGGAGGCCAAUUGUCCUUUGAUCACUAUGCCACCACCGACAAUGAUGAACACCUGGAAGUCUUAUUGAAUUCCCACAGCCCCAUAGGAAAGGUGAGUGAUGUCGCCCUACUCAAAAUCGGAAGUGAGGAGCCUCCUUUUGAUGGAAUCAUGGAUGGCUUUCCAGGGAAGGCUUCAGAAGACCUCUUCAGCACUCAUGAGCUCUUGCCCGGGCCUCUCUCCCCAAUGCACACACAGUUGUCACCCUCUUCAGUGGACAGCAAUGGGCUGCAGCUGAGCUUCACAGAAUCUCCUUGGGAAACGAUGGAAUGGCUGGACCUCACUCCACCUAGUUCCAUGCCUGGCUUCAGCAACCUCACCACCAGUGGCCCAAGCAUCUUCAACAUUGAUUUCCUGGAUGUCACAGAUCUCAAUUUGAAUUCCCCUAUGGACCUCCAUUUACAGCAGUGGUAAACACCUGAGGUACAAGUGCUAAGGAAGCUCAAUCCAAAGUCCAUGAGGAAAGCACAUAACCGGAACUACUCCUGUGAUCCAAAACGUGAAGAAAACAUGGAAAAGGAAAAACUACAGCCAGCAAUGGAGGUUUCUGUGACAACCGGCUAGCACAAACAGGAGUCAGUCAUUCAAAUUUGUAUCAUGUCAUUUUUACCAGCACUCAGAGACUGUUGAUAAUUUUAGUAAUGCAUUCAAAAAUGUGCUUUCUCAGAUUAAGAAUGCCAAACAUUUCUUUCACUGUCUUUUCUCUUAUCAACAUUUUUCUAGCCCGUAGCUUUUCUCAGGCAUUGUUGGGAUGAAAGUUCACACUAAAAGCUUUUGUCCUGAAUUUACAAAGCAUACUGUGGAAGAAAAACAAAGCCUUUCGGGGGGAGUAGAGGGAAGCCCCAGUCCCUCAGAGGCUCUGGAAGCCAUUCCAGUGGAGACAACUUUGUGUGUCCCCAUUAUCUGUCUAUCAAAAGAGCAACCAGAUCCUAUUUUAGCUUACAGGGUCCUUAAGGCAGAAUUGAGGGACAGAACCAAUCCAUUCCCAGGAAAACAAAAUCAGUUCAAUGUCCCUCAGCUCCAAGCUGCCUCACUGGACUGUUGAUCACUGAUAAUAACUAGCUCUGUCCAGAGAAUCUACUCAGAAUAUGUUUCUUUUCAACCCAUAGCCCAAUCGUUCCCACCAUCUCUGUGCUGAUCAGUGAUGUAUAACAGGUGAGAAACUUGAAGGGAGAAAACUUCAUACCACGGACAGAUAUUUCUGAGGUCCUCCAAUAUAGUUAGUUCCCUCUAGUUCCAAAGGCUAGAGAGAAGCAAUCAGAAAAGUAACUGUAGAUGCAGAAGGCCCUCUUUGAACAAGUUAGGACUAGAAAACAAGGUCUUUUCACAUUCCUGGAAAGAAACACCAUGGAUUGCUAUUACAGGACUAUACAGGUUCAAAUCUUGGUUUUUCAUUUUCUUAUUAUGGACAGAGGAGAUCCUCAGUUUAUCUUCUUCCUACUCCAUUUUUCUUGCACGAUAUCAAUCUUUUAUGGCUCUCCUCUUUUGAUGAUCUCUCUAUCUCUAAUUCUCUCUCUCUCUUCUUCUCUCCCUCCCCCUUCCCUCCCCCCCGUUCUCUUUUUCCCCACCAUUGGGAGAGGAGAAGCCUAUGCUUAAUAAAGUCAUUCCCUUGCGGAACUCAUUCUUCAGAUGCACAAUUGACUGCAAAGGGAAUUCACAGGAAUUUCCUUAGAAAGAAACUGGGGCCGUGGCCCAUUGGUCACAAAACUUGUUCUACUUUUGGGCAAUCUUUGAUUUGUGUUGCUCUGGGGAAAUUAGAAAUCAUUAUAUAGUGAAGAUAUAUAUGGGUGACGUCUACAGUAGAGUGUCUUUCAGUCUGGUUUCUAAAGGAAAGCACAAUUGCACAUUGAAAUGAUGGAAGGGUGAAGGACUUUGGUCUGAUGGGCUCCUCCAUAUCCUGCUUGGGCAGGGAACUGGAGAAAAGGGAAAGCAACCGGGAUUGCAGGAGUCUCUCUGAGACUCACUAUGGCUCUAGUUCACCGUUUUAUAAUGUUGCAUGCUGUAGAAAGUAGCUAUUGCUGUUUUGUUUUGUUUUAAUUUAAGUCACUGAAGCACUGUUUUCUUUUGUAAAAAAAAAUGUUCACUGUGCACUUAUAGAAAAAUAAUCAAAAUGUGAUUUUGUUUAGAAGUCGUCUUUCUGAUGAACCAAAGAUUUAGAAGUCAUUCCAUCGUUAACUUGUAUAAACAUGUUUGAACACUGAGUGUUUUUGGUGACUAUUACUCUGAAUGCUGCCAAAUCUUAUUUUAGGGAAGGAAAUACAGACACAUACAUACCUAUAGCUCUGUACAUGUGUGUAUGGUAUAUGUAUAUAUACACACAUGCAUAUAUGUAUACAAACACACAUAUGUGUGUGCAUGUAUCUUACAAAGCAGUGUUCAGAGUUUUUCACCAAAAGCCUUGAACCCUCAGUCUGCUGUGAAUGAUACUUCGUGUUUCUCACUACAGUCCCUGAUUAAUCAACCAGACUACACAUUGCCUCUCUGUGUAUGACUAAAGGUUCCAGCCCAAUGACUCACAGCCACUUGCUUACCGUGAACAAGCUCCUCCUGGCAAUGACUACGAUGUGAGAGGACAGGGCCAUCAUUGGUGGCUGCCAAGGCUAGUGUCAUCUCUUACAGGAGAGCGUAAAGGGAGCUUGGAAAUUAUUCUUACAUUCCUUGAUCUCAUUGUGCUUGAAAAGGUCCUCAUGGUAAAGUUUUAAUUUUGUUCGUAUGUCUGUCAUCAGAACCAAAAAUCUCGAGGGAGAGCUUAGCAUGAAGAUGAAGCUGUGGGGAGAAGCCUUACUGCCACAUUCCAAACAUGGUUAGUCCUCACAUGCUUCUGUUUUAUCUGAGUCUUGAGGAAGCUUGCUGCUCUGUACACACUUCAGGUAUACUGUUUGUAAGUCAUCCUUGUUUCCUUUGGAAAACAAACUCCCACAGCAUCCUGCCUCGGAGACCAGGAGUAAUAAUGAUUUUUCCCUUUAGGAAUUCCUGUCGGAGGGAUUAGACCUGGUAAGGAGGUCUCUGUCCUUAGCUAGACUAUGGGAAUUAUUUUUUCUAUUACCCGAGACUGAUACAUACAACCUCACAGUAGGCAAAAGGUAAAAUGGCUCUGAUUUGUGGCUACAAGUUAACAUAGCUAGAACAGGUCGCUGGAUACUAGACUUCAGCCUGCUCUCACAGUCCCCCUAGAUGAUAUUUACCCUGUCAUCAUAGCACAGAUAGGAUACUGGAGACAAAUGGGAGAGAAUUGAUGAAGAUGGAUCAGGUCACUCAUGUUCAUUCAGCUGUCUCCUUUUGGGGGCUUUUAAUUUCCAUUUUUUAAAACAACUGUGUCCUCUUGUAGUGACAACAUGAGCUCAGCUAAGAAGUGUGCCAUGCUUGGGUUUCUCAGCAUUUUUGGAGCCUUAGAUGGCCAUCUGGUUAAGGACUGCUUCCCCAAGGCCCAAUAGUAAUGAAAACAUUGGCAGUCAUUCCCACUCUGGCUACAGAACCAAGAUCCCUCCAGAUCCAGAGUCAGAAAAUCCGCUCCUGCAAGCACCAUCAGUAAGCCAGUGCUGGGUGGAUAUGUGCCUGCUCCUAACAAUGCUAUAGACACAAUACACACAGAAAGAGUGGGGGAGAGAGAAAGAGGAGGGAG